AUGAACCGAUUACUGCUUGGAAGAAAUUACAAAAUUGUGUCCAUACCUAGGAUUUCUAGUAAACAUUAUGUAACCAACUGGACAAGGGAUUACUCAAGUCUUUUAUCACACAAGCAAUCUAAGAAGGUAUCUGUUCAACCAAACUAUCCCGUAGUCACUAGAUUUGCUCCAAGUCCCACUGGGUCGUUGCAUAUAGGGUCCUUAAGGACUGCUCUUUACAAUUUUCUACUUGCUCGUAAUACUAAGGGUAAAUUCAUUUUACGAUUAGAGGAUACUGAUAGAACAAGAUUAAAACCAGAAGCAGAACAAAAUAUAUAUGAUACAAUGAAAUGGUGUGGAUUUAAUAUAGAUGAAGGUCCUAUUAAACAAAGUGAAAGGAAAGAAAUAUACGCUGAACAUAUUAAAAAAUUACUGGAUAAAGGGCUUGCUUAUCGUUGUUUCUGUAGUAAAGAGAAACUAGAGGCAUCGAGAUUAGAUGGGUAUGAUAGACACUGUCUCCAUUUGACAGAAGAACAGAUUUCGACAGAAAUGAAGGAGAAUAAUGGAAAAUUUAUUGUUAGAUUUAAAGCACCUGAAAAGUAUGAGAGUUUUGCUGACCUAUUACACGGUGAAGUUAAUAUUCAAGAUAGAAAGGAUAGAAUUGGUUAUGAUGAUCUUGUCCUAGUGAAAUCUGAUGGUAUGCCAACGUAUCAUUUUGCAAACGUUGUUGAUGACCAUCUUAUGGGUGUUACGCAUGUUAUAAGAGGAGAUGAAUGGUUACCUUCUACACCUAAACAUAUCAUGUUGUAUAAAGCAUUUGGUUGGACCGCACCAAAAUUUAUCCAUAUUCCAUUAUUAACAAGUGUUGAAAGUGAUAAAAAAUUAAGUAAAAGAAGGAAUGAUGCUUCGGUAUUAGCAUUAAAAGAGAAAGGAAUCUUACCAGAGGCUCUGAUAAAUUUUUGUGCCUUAUUAGGUUGGUCUCCUCCGAGAGAUGUAGCUCAAAGGAAUCAUGAAUGUUUUACGCUUGAGGAAUUGACUCAAUUGUUUAACCUUGAUCAUUUAACGAAGGGGAAUGUCAAAGUUGAUAAUAGCAAGCUGUUAUUCUUUAACAAACAUUUUUUACAAAAGAGAAUUGACAAUGAAGAACAAUUAAAUGAAUUAGUUUUGAAUGUUGUUCCUAAAGUGUCUGCUCUAUUUGGAAUCCCAAUUGAAGUACAAUUGAAAGAGAAGGUGAAAUUAAUACUCAAGGAUUGUGGCCACUGUUUGAAUACUAUCAAUGAUUUCCAAGAAGAAUUUUCAUAUUUCUUUAAACUACCAGAUUAUACCGGCCAAUCUGAGGAAACACAAAAGUUCAUUAAGGGUAGCAAUAAAGAUAAAAUUAUAUCUAUCCUCGAAGCCUCUAGAACUAAACUACAAUCAUCUACUAUUCAGGAAACGAUAUCUGAGAUCACAAAGACUUUGGGUGUCAGUAAGAAACUUUUAUUCCAAUCUCUUCGUUUUGCUCUUUCUGGUAAUGUGUCAGGUGCCAAAAUUCAUGUUAUUUUAGAUAUAUUAGGUGAUGCCGAAUCUCGAAAUAGACUUGAAGUAGCAAUCAGAUAUUUAAAAACUAUGUAA